AUGUCCGGCAAAGAGCAAGCGGAUAAAUUGGCAGGUGUUCUCCAAAGUAAAAUGGGCGACUCAGUCGGCAUAAGGCGCCCAUCACCGAGUGUCUCCCUAUUGCUUAUAGGGAUCGAGGACUCCGUCGAUGCCACGGAGCUGAGGAGUGCCCUAGAAAGUUACGAUAGCGACCUGGUUAGCGUAAGGGACAUCGUCAUCAGGGAAAGUAAAAACGGAGUCAGAUCGACUAUUAUUCGCGCCCCUCUCAGAGCCGGUAUGAGGCUGAUCGAAGAGAGAAAGAUCAGGGUCGGUUGGGCAACCUGCCGCGUCAGGGAAUUCGACAGGACGUCCCAGAGAUGCGAUAGGUGCAAGGAAACGGGCCACACAUCUAAGGCAUGCACUGGUCUCGAAAGGAGGAAGUGCUUCCGCUGCAAGGCAGAAGGGCACCUGAUAGCUGACUGCGGCCAACAGGGGGCAAAAGUCCCGAACGCGUUGUGCCCGCCAAAAUGA